GCAGCCGACAGCCUGGCAACAGCGGUAAGUCCACGCUUGCGCUCGUCAAAAGUGCCAACGGGCUGUAGGAGACCUGUCGCAAGCGUGCUGCCAUGGCGUCUCUAGUGAUGCGCUACUCGCUAGGUCUGUGUCUGCUCCAUCUCUCGCUGACCAUUGCCAUCCCAAGGGAGGAACACCGCAAGAUCCACACACCCAAGCCAUUGAGUGAUGAACCACACUACAAAGAGGACCCAGAGGGUGGUGAGUCUGAGCACAACCCCGAGUAUGACCACGAGGCCUUUCUUGGGGAAGACACAGCCAAGACCUUUGAUCAGCUCUCGCCGGCCGAGAGCAAGGAGCGGCUGCUGAAGAUUGUCGACAAGAUCGACAAGGACAACGAUGGCUACGUGACGCAGCAGGAGCUAGAAGAGUGGAUCCGGCACACACAGAAGCGCUACAUCCGUGAUGACGUCGACAAGCAGUGGAAGGUGUACAAUCCCCAGGAGAGCAGCCGCGUCAGCUGGGAGGAGUACCGUAACAUCACAUAUGGAGCCGAAGGAAGUGAUGCUGAUGAUUCGGACUCGGACUCAGAUGGGGGCGCCAUGAGCUUUCAGGACAUGGUGCGUCGGGACAAGCGGCGCUGGGACCGUGCUGACAAGGACGGAGAUGGCCACCUUAACAAGGAUGAGUUUGGCGACUUCUUGCAUCCCGAGGAGAGUGAGGACAUGAAGGGUGUCGUCGUUGAAGAGACCAUGGAAGACAUUGACAAGGACAAGGAUGGCAAGAUCUCCCUCGAAGAGUACAUUGGUGACAUGUACGAAGGUGCAGCCGAAGGUGAAGUGGAGCCAGACUGGGUUCAGAAUGAGAAGGACCAGUUCAAGAACUACCGCGACAAGGACAAGGACGGGUUCAUGGGCCCCGACGAGGUGCGCGACUGGGUCAUGCCAGCCGACUACGACCACAGCGUCUCCGAGUCGCGCCACUUAAUUCACGAGGCCGACAAGGACCAUGAUGGCAAGCUUACCAGAGACGAGAUCAUCGACAAGUAUGACGUCUUUGUGGGAAGCCAGGCGACAGACUAUGGCGAGGCGCUGACCCGACACGACGAGUUCUGAGCAUUGAGAAAAUUGCGCGCCACUUGUUGCCAGUGCCGGACUUUGUUGACUGCACGGGCAUCACAUGUAUGUGUUGGAUGCACCGGCCAUUACGUCUGGCAUUCACCCAUUAUCUCCGCUGUGUUUUAUUUCUUUUUUGCUCGUCGUCUGUUGAAAUUGAGCAAGUCUGUGCUGUCACAUUCACUCAUUAUCGUGACUGUUUCUUGUUGCCUGUGGCAUUGCUGACUUUCAGCGCCUGCAUUCUCAUCUUUUUUGCCUUGUGAAUAUACUAGUUCUGGUUGUUGCUCUGUCACA